AGCACUGAAGAGUUGAGGAAUGUUUGCCUUAACUGUUUUAGUGACGUCUUUUCAGUCGAUGUUUCUUUUGAAGUUUCGUUGGAAGUUGUGAAAAGUGUAGCAAAGUUUGUAAAGAAACUCAACUAUAAAGUGAAGCCGGAGGUUCUGACCAUUCUACUUUCUCUUCCGCUGAGUAAAGACUUUACCUGCGAGGAGACUUCCACGGAUUCAAAAAAAAGUUUCAAAAAAAAGAAGCAUGAAUUUCGUUCCCGUGGUAAAAAAAAGAAAGAUAUAAUGGAAAGAAAGUUAGAGAAGGAGUUGUCCGAAUCGAAUGCUAAAGUUCGGACGGAAGACAUAAGAAGAAGACAAACCGAACUUUUAAAGUUGAUACUUUCAUUAUAUCUUCGCAUGCUGAAGUUCACGGCGCCGUCACAUUUACUUUCCUCCGUUUUGAAGGGCUUAGCGAAGAUUGCGCCGCUUUUAAAUGUGGAUUACUUUAUGGCUCUUUUAAAAGUUUUGGAGCAGCUUUUAAGGCGUGAACUCAAGUUUGAGGACUCACUAUAUUGCUUAAAAGCUGUUUUUCACAUGUACUCUACACAAGAAACUUCUCUUCUUGAUUUGAGCGUUUUUAGCUCUGCACUGUACAAGCUGCUUUUGGAACUCCCGCGUAAUCUUGGAAAAGCCGAACUGUUGAUUAACUGUUUGCAGACUUUUCUUAUUCAUAACUUUUUGUUUGGCAUUAAUCGAUAUGCUGGUUUUGUGAAACGCAUGGCGGCGAUGGCUCUUCGGGUCCCUCCAAAUGUCGCUUUGGCGCUACUUUCUCUCAUCUAUAAAAUUGUUCAGCGGAAUUCCAAACUUCUUCGAAUGUUUGAUGAAGAAAUUAUUGGCUGCGGCGUUUACUUACCGGCGGCUAAAGAUCCCGAAGUUUCCAAUGCCUUGAGUUCUUCCCUUUUAGAAGAGCUCGGCGCCCUGAAGAGCAAUCCACAUUCCCAUGUGCGGGAUUUUGCAAACGAACUAAUCAAACGGGGGAGUGACGACUUCGGAAGAGCUCGUCUGCUUCCACUUCAUUUGAGAAAAGAUCCGCUGGAGUUUCUACAGAUCCAAUAGAAAUGCGCAAUAAAUUAUCAGAUCCAACAAAUUUUCUUCGGGUUGUUUAAUGGAGGAAGGAAAGAAUUUCAGAAGAGUUUCGUAGACAGUGG